UGUCCCCACCCAUACAGCCCCACUCCCGAUUACUUGAGACAUGUUUUGAUCUCCUGUAAAAGUCCUAAAAUUGGUUUGAUCUUUACGAUCAAGUAUGUCAACAUCAACAACAAUUUUUUUAAUAAAAUAGCAUUUUUUUGGGUUUUUUUUGGUGUCUAUCAUAGUUAAAUGCUAUAAUAAGAAUAUAUUGUGUAUUUAUAUAUAAAAAUACUGUUGUAAAGUAAGUUUAGUAAGUAAGAAAUAUUAUGGAAAGCAGUUGAAUGUCAAAAUCCAAGGUUAGACAACAUAUACACAAUAACAAAGAAUAAUUUCCAAUGGCUAGAAAAAUUAAAGAUUCGCGACGGUUUGGAUUACCAUCAGGAAGGUACAGAUCAGGACGUAGAUGUAUAAGGGUGAAUUCCGGCAAAGUGAAGACUUUAUACCAAUGUCAUUUGAAAGGAGGGAGUAAUAUGACAAAACUUUGUAUACGUAAACAACCUAAGAGAAGUGCAUAUAACAGGGUAAGAAUAAACCUACUAAGGAGAUGCGCCAGGAAGCAGUAUCAAGUGUUUAGAACAAUUAAUGGAGAAUUGAAAACUUUUGAGGUACAAAAUGUUGCUGCAAAUGGUUACAGAAUUAUAAAUUUGAACUGUCUUCAAAAACAUAUAACAGAACUGACAAUGCAUGCCGUUUCAUGUGAGAAAGCCAGACAAUUGGUAGCUGCUGGAAGGGAGCCUAUUGUACUUGAAUCCCAGGUUGCUCAUUAUGGUUUAGCAGUGAUACUAUUAGCUAGAUGUCAAGGAUGUAAACUGAAAGUUCACAUGGAGACAAGUCCAAAACUCAAAACCGAUGGGAGUAGACAUUAUGAUAUAAAUGUGCGAGCUGUUUGGGGUUCCAUUGUUAGUGGAAAUGGUCUUGCCCACCUCAAUGAACAGUUAGCAUCUAUGGAUUCACCUACUAUGUCGCAGGUAAAAAAACAAAAGUCAUAUAUAAAAAGAUUUAUUUACCAAUUCUUAACAUAAUUGAAAAUACAGACGACAAAAUCUCACAUUAAAAACGGAAAAUUAUAAAUAAUCAACCAACAGGCCUCUUAAUCCUGUUCUUCAUCAUGACACUCGCUGUAGACAAUUCAACAAUGAAGGAAUCAUUCAGAGCCUACAAUGUCAAAACGGCCCCAAGCUUUGAACAUGUUGAACAAGGGGCCAUGGUGGUGAAGUAUCAAUGUCAGUAAAAAUUUCAUAUGUGAGUUUGAAUCUUGCAUGUGAGGGGGAAUUCAACUUUACAGCCAAGAUCUAUUGUCAUGAUUGUUAUACUGCUAACUCAAAGGUUCCUGGUUCGAUCCACCCUCUGAGUAGAAAAUUUUACAGACUAAACUUUCGGCACUCUCUUUAACUCAAUUGCCAGUAUGGUCUUGAGAAACCAUGAUAGUACUUCGGUAGGAAACGAUAAAUGGCUGACCUGUGUUAAUAGAGAGCCAUAUCUCUUACAUGUAAAAUACAGCCUUGUAGAUUUAAAAAAAUAUAGCAGGCUAAUGCCGCUACAAUGCAGUACAUGUACCCGCAAGCAUGGCAAAAGUGGAAACGGAUUAAUAUAAGUUGCAAUGACUUUUUUCCAAAUCCACAAUAAACAAAUAUGUUUAAACUUAAGUAAUUAGAAUGACCUUUCUGAUAAAUAAUCAUAAGUACAUUCCAAAAACACUAUGGAUUACGGCGGCUUUUGUGCUCUGUUUUCAAAUUUGUCAACAUUGAUGCCCUAAUUUAUAAAUUCAAUGUAUCAACAUGAUCAAUGUUUUUUUUUCAUUUUUUUGCCCCAUUUUCCAAUCAGUCUACAUUGAGGUUCCUAGUACAAAGGAUCUACUGUAAAUUAAUGUUGGAUGGUGGCUUUUUAAUUUUUGCCCCAAUUUUUAAAGGAUCCAAAAAUUAAUGUUGCUACAGCGAUUUGAAAUUUUGGUCCACAUUUACAUGUAUAAGGGUUUGGAUCAAUGUUUGGUAUUGGGCCCCAUCUGUUAAUUUUUAUUAAUUUGAUUUUUACGCCAAUUUUAACAUUUGUCCACAUUGAUGUCCAGCAAUGAUCUAACAGCAAUGUUGAGGAUGGCCUUUUAAUUUAGGCCAUAUUUUGAAUACAAAAAGUAGUUAAUUUAUUCACCUUUUCUUCAUGAUCAUCACAUGCAUACAAAAUACAGUUUAUUUUUUUCUAAAACGCUAUGCUGUAUCAACACAAGUCCAGAUAUGGAGACAUCAAUUGCAAGCCUUAAGAAAAUUAUUAAUCAACAAAACAAAAAUAAAAAAAAUUGAAAAUCAUAUAGUCUUGUUUGGUCAUUUAAUGUAAAUAUAGAGGUGUUAACCGAAGGAGGAAAAUAAUUUACAUUAACUUUGAACAUGGAUUAAGUUAUAAAUUAUGGAAAUCAUAUAUCAUGUAUAUUACAUGAAUAUUUAUCAGAAGACUGUUUUAAGUUUGUUUGUUUGUUUAUUCUUCAACAGAACACAUACCAGGUUAUUGAAAAUGAAAUCAAUUCCUGGUGGAAGGAAGUGGUAGACCGAGAAAUGUCAUUGGCCAUUGAAGAAGAGAAAAAAAUAGCUAUAGAUAAAAACAGAUAUCAUGAAGGAAUUCCAUCAGUCACUGUAAUAUGUGAUGGGGGUUGGAGCAAGAUAUCACAUAAACAUACAUAUAACGCGUUAGGAGGUGUAGCCGUUAUAAUUGGGGCCGAAACAAAACAAUUAUUACAUGUAGGAAUAAGAAACAAGUACUGUUACAUUUGCAACAGAAACGAAUCCCUAGGAACAACACCAAAACAGCACGAAUGUUUUAAAAAUUGGAAUCAAUCAAGCCAAUCGAUGGAAUCGGAUGUUAUUGUCGAAGGGUUUUUAAAGGCAAAUGAUCAUGGUGUAAGAUACACGAACUUUAUAGCAGAUGGGGAUUCAUCGAUGCAUGCUCAAAUAAUGGAUCGUGUUCCAGUUUGGGGCAAACAUGUUAAGAAAUUAGAAUGUGCAAACCAUAUUACAAAGUGCUUACGGUCAAACCUGGAAAAAUUAGUUACAGAAAACCCAUCUUACAAGGGAAAAGGCAAGUUAUGUAAAAGGACAAGAGUGAGAAUAGUGAGUGCUGUGAGAUGUGCCAUCAGAAAGAGGUCUGAUGAAACCAACAGAAUAUUAGCAACAAAGAAAUUAGAACACGACAUAAGAAACACAACCUCCCACAUAUAUGGAGAUCAUAAACUAUGCAACCCAGACUUCUGUAAAGCAAAAUCAAACGUGUCACACCAGGACCAAAAUCAAGAUGAUGAUAGUGAAGUUGAAUCUGAAGAUAUAUUUCAAGAACAGUCUGAGUUUUGGAAUGCUGGGACAUCACUGCAAGCCCAAGAAAUUCAAGAGGUAAUUACAACCUGAACCCCUCAGAUCUUCAAUCAGGGAUGAGACAGGACCUUUCUUUAUUAUUGAACAAUGUUGCGAAAAAAUCAAGCAGUCUCAUUGGAAAUUUUACUACAAACUUAGCUGAGUGCUGGAUGCACAUUAGGUCAAAAUUUGAUGGAGGAAAAAUGUUGAAUCAUUGUAAUAGGGGUGCUUGGUAUACCCGGUGUUAUGCCGGUGCAUUACGUUUCAAUCUAGGUCCUAAUUGGUCACCGAAUGUAUGGGCUCAAAACACAGAAACAACAUCUGGUUUAUAUUUUGAUAAGCUGUACCAACAGAGAGAGCAGUGUAUUGAUAACAACAACAAGAGCAAAGAUAAAAAAGAAAUUAAGGAAAGAAGAUGGAAAAGAAAAAUGUCAUCUCUAAAAGAAAGCAACAGCAAUAAAGCCAAACAACACUAUGGUAAUGAAUCGAUUCAACCUGAAACUGAUGUUUCAGAAAAUGAACUUACAAAAUUGAAAUACAAAUUUCUACAGAACAAUAUAGAAAUAACAACCUCUGAAAUAAUCCAAAUUGAGAAGGACACUAAAAGUCAGGUUUGCAGUGAAAAAUGGAAAAAUGAACGCAAGAAAAGGCUAACAGCUUCAAAUUUUGGCAAUGUUUUUAAAAGAAAGCCCAGUAUUAAAGUGACACCUCUUGUCCUACAGCUGCUAUACAGCAAUUUUAAAGGAAAUAAAGCUACUAGAAUUGGCCUGCGCGAGGAACGAAUUACCAUACAAGAAUAUAUUAAUAUCAAAGGAAAAGACAAUAUUGAGAUAAAAGUUGAACCUUGUGGACUUAUUAUUGACAAAAAAUUUAAAUAUUUGGCCGCUAGCCCUGAUGGAAAAGUGAUUGAUAAAGAAAAUAAUGAAAUAGGACUUAUAGAAAUUAAAAAUCUUGUGCAUGACAAAAAUCUAACGCUUACUCAGGCAGCAACAUCGUUGAAAAAUUUUUGUUUGGAAAAAGUAUCAUCUGGAACGAACACUACUCUGCGACUUAAAAACAACCAUAACUACUAUUACCAGUGUCAGGCAUUGCUACACAUAUGUGACUUUCCAUGGAUUGAUUUUGUCGUAAGAACACUAAAUCCAUAUGACAUAUUCAUACAAAGAAUAGAGAAAAACACUGCAUUAUGGAAAAAGAUGGUACCCAAACUAACAGCCUUCUAUGAUUUAGCUUUAUUGCCAGAAAUAGCAUCACAUCGACAUAAGAAAUAUCCAGGAAUAAGAGAGCCAGGAAAUUGGUAUGCUGAUGAAAAUAAUAUUAAAAAGAAAACACCAUCAUUAAAGAAGAAAGAAGGGAAGAGAAAAGAUUUAACAACAGACGACGAGGAAGCACAAGGACCAUCUCAUAUAAAUGAUCACAAGAAAACAAUAAGAAGAACAAGAAGAAAAUGCAGCCGAUUGAAAUUUCUUGGUAGAAGAAUAUCUCAUGAAUGGAUAGAGGAAGAUAAUAGCAGCAAGUGGUAUUCAGGAACAGUCACAGGAGUUUUGACAGAAACAGAUGGAGCUGAUGGUGCAGAAUAUGAGCUUUUAUAUGAUGGAGAUGAUGAACCUCAUAUAAUUGAUCAUCUUCUUGAAGAUUAUCGAAGUUGUUCCCUUAAAUUUAUUGAUCUUUAAGAAACAAUUCUUAAAGAUAUUAUUUGUUGUCCCUGACAAAGUUUGUAGAUAUUUGAAAUUGACAGAUUUCCUGUAUAUAUGUGAUUUAUAUUACUGUUUGAGACCAGACCAUUUUUUUUAGACAGACAGACUUUGAUGGUAAAUUUUCAACAUUUAGAUAGUAUUUUGAUUGGAAUAUCAUGUGUAAUUUCAAAGAGUGAUACACGAGGAUUAAUUUGAUGUGUAAUAUGUAUAUGUUUUCAAGUGCAAUAUAUUUUUAAUAUAUUUUUUUUUAUAAUUAAAAAAAAUGGUUAUGAUGAA